CAUUUCUCAAUGUCUAUUAUAUUCGUUUUUGCAGUGGAUGCACACAUGCACACACACAUGGCUUUUGAAGUUAGUGUUUCCCAGGGACCUGCUUUUAUGAGAUUUCUUAAUAAAUGGAUUCAGAAAAUGAGAGUGUAAACUCAUAUAUAAGGCAAGCAACUGGACAGAUUUGACAGGAUUCAUCCGUCUACUCAAGAAAUAUUUGUCCAGUGCCCGUGCACCUAGGAGGAGGGUUCAGUGGUGGACAGAGAAGCGCUGUCCAUGGGCUUGAGGACAUGCCCGGGAAGGGGGGUGUGGAAGAUCACAAGUGCAGUUUCGGUUUAGUCAGAGCUGUAAGAGAACGGGUAGGGAACUGCACGAGUGUGACCUGUUGGGGAGGACCGAGCCCCAGGGUGAGCCUGAAGUCUCAAGGCUGAGUGGAGUCAGCGCAGCGUCUCCUCCCCUCCCCGUCACUUUGGCCCCACCCCCUGCCUGCUGAAGCUGGCUCCUGAAGCCCCUUUGUUAGGCUGUCAGCUCGAGGGUGUGACCUCUAGAGAGCAGCCCAGGACCUCGUCCAGAGUCGGUGUGGAAGAGGAGCUGUUCGUGCUGUGUCUGCUCCUCUCCCCCUCUGACCUGGCCGGGCCCUUUGGAGGAGCUCUGAGCUGUUCAUCAAGCACUGAAAGUGGGGUAUCAGGGGCAAACAGAAAACGGUCCAAGAACAACCUGCAGAGGAGGAACCGCCCAGCCUGCCUUUCUCAGCUGGCAGCGGGCAGCUGUGAAGCAGCCAGGAGCUAAACGCUUCAGGUGAGGGCUGUGCUCGGUCUUUGGGACUUACGUCCUGUCAGGACGCUGCCCUCUGCCAGUUUGUCCCGAAUGCCUAUUUGUGAGCCCUCACAUGGAGACUCUUACCAGCCCAAGCCAGUCAGUGCAGGGGUGUUCCCGGGGAGUCCUGACCAGAGGGCAGGGCGGGCUCUGUGGUGUGGUCCCAGUGGCUUCAAAACAUGAGGCAUGAGAGGAGAGGGCUUGAGACUGCUCCCAUUGGCCCUGGGAGGGAGCGCUGUGAGCCUCUGGCUCCUGGAGUGACCGUAGAUGUGAGCAGGAGGGAGCAGAGCCUCCUUUCCUCCGGGACUAGCGAGCAGCUGGAGGGUGAGAUGACGAGGCGCAGCCCCUGUCUCUUCACUCUCCUGUUCGUUUGUUCCUUCCUUCCUUCAUUCCUUGGUUCGUUCGUUCAUUCAGCAGAAGGCAUGGAAGGCCUAGUGUGUAUCUUCUGCUGUUUUUCAUGAAAAUAGCAAGUAAGAUAAGGCCUGUGCUCAAGGACGGUAAGUUGGCGGUACCAGAAUAGUUUCAAGUUUUUGUGUUCUGAACCUGGUGCGGGGGGAACAAAACAGAGAGCGCCCUGAUUCAGCACAGGGUGUCAGAGACGUCUUCUCACUUAUGCUUCAAGUUAAGUAGGAGUUAGCACCAUGAAGAAGGCCUCGGAAGUCCAGGGGCAGCAUUGAGCCUGAGAGGAACAGCACAACACCAGUGCCGCUGGACUGCGGGGCACUGCCCAGAAUAAUGGAGGCUGAGGUGGGGAGGCAGAAGAGAAUCACAGUCACGUUCAGUUUCCGGCCUGGGCAAGGAGGCGCCUGUAGUCUUGGGAUACGUGACUGUUUAUCACAUGUCCUGUGCAGCGUGCUCAGUCCUCUGCCCAGCAAUCUAAAAACAAAGGUGAAUGUUUCAUUCUGUGUUCUCUAGGGGGGAAGCCAACUACCUUAAGAAUUUUGGAGAAGGCUUGGAAGUGAGUGUAAGGCCUAUUUUAAAUGUGCGCACACACACACACACACACACACACACACGCUUUGACCACAACAAUGGUGAACCUUUUAUAGCUUCCAGUGAUACAGCCUGCUGUGGCCUGUGUGCCAUAGGUUUGUUGCCCCUGGACUAGAAGUUAGUUUCCCAGGUAGUCUGAUGUCUGGUGCAGUGCAGCACAGCAAGCUGGAUGGGCUCAAAUCUGCCUCCUGACUGAGUGGUCUGGGAAGUUACUUUUCUCCCUACCUUACUGUGCUCACCUGAGAACUGGGCAUGAUGAUGUAAGGCAUAGAAGGGUUUGUUCCCAGGGCAGGUUAUAAGACUUUGUCACUUACAGAACCAGCAUGAACCUUCUGUUUUUAGAAAUCAGAUACAAUUAAAUUUCCGCUUGAGAGAUGUGAGAUUAGAGAUGCAUGUGGAGGCUCUGAGUGGGGAGGUCCAGACAGUUCGAAAGUGGUCGAGUACCAGGCCUCUGAACCAGAGCCAUUUUCCUGGAGCUGGUAAGCGGGUACAGAGAUUACUGAAAACCUGGUAAGCCGUCAUUCUUAGCCAUGCCCCUAGCCCACAGCAGAUAACUCAAAAUUAGAAGUGUUGUGCUCUGAAUUACUGUGUACAUACGAACACUCAUUUCUAAAGAAGACAGUACUGUGUGCAAACCAUUUUAAUAUCAGCCUAGUGUUUAGGAUUUCAAAGCCUUAACUCGAAAGCCAAACAGAAAUUAGCGCAGCUAUCUGAAUUGAUGCACUGGCAGAACCGAGCUCUGGCUAAUCACAAAUUGCUCAUUUACAUGUGCGCUUGACAGACAUUGACUGUCCUUUAAAGAGAUGAUGAUUCUCCAUUAGGAUCCAGGAGUUUUUCAACCAUACCAAAUAUGUUGUGUUAUUUUAUUCUGUUUACUUAUUGUGUUAGUCUCAUAUUUAAAAUUAGCAUCUUGGCGUGGGCGUGGCCUUCCAGAUUGAUGGGUGGCGGCCGCUGGGCAUGUGAGGGAGCCCUUGCUUGUCUGAGUCACUCUCCUCUAGGCUCCACCAGGUGGUUGGCAUGGCCCGUGGUAAUCAAGGAGAACUUACCCGACAGAAGAAUGUGAAGACAACCCAAGAAAUUAGCAAGGGAAAAAGAAAAGAGGAUAGCAUGACUCCUUCUCAAAGACAGCAGAGGGACUCUGAGAUCAUGCAACAAAAGCAGAAAGCAGCUAUUGAGAAGAAGUCUAUGCAAACAGGGGAAAAAUAAUGACUGCUCUGGGGGGUGUGGGUGCUGCUGCCAACUGGUGCAUCACAAGCUCCAAGAUCAGGAUUCCUUAGAAUGAACAAGCAUUACAUGCUUUAUAACUCAUUCUCAUAAAACCGUUUACUGCAAACUUUGUUUUUCGGCCUUAGUGUGAUGUUUUAGAACCAUUCUUCAAACAAUAAAACAUCAUGCAUAUAACACUGGUGAAUAUUAUUUUUAUCAGCAAGUAAAUAUUUCUGUAAUUAGAUAGGUAGUGUGAUCAGAGAGUGGGAUCUGUUAUGUAGAAUCCAGACUCUAGUCUAGAACUUUGUCAUCAGUUUUGUUAAAGUAGAUCUUUAAAGUAGAUUUUAUCACACAGGGCCAGUGCUGUAGCUCAGUGGUAGUUGGUUGCCUGGCAUGUAUAAGGCCAUGGAACGAACUCCAGCACCACCAAAAAAAAAAAAUGUAAUAAAAUUUAAGAUCCCUUUGUGUAAUUUUGCUUUGUAGUCACCUGGCUUGUUUGAAGAAUUUCUAGUAGAUAGUACAAAUCAUCUGGAAUACCAACUAAAUGG